AUGAUCUGGCGCUUCGCAUAUACCUGGACGAUCUACACAAUCUCCCUCCUCCUCCUCCUCUCCUACCACCCCUCCACCGCGACCCAAGAUGCACAACAACCCCUCCAAGAUGCACAACACCCCCUCCAACCAGCCCCCUCACAACCCAACAUAAUCUUCAUCCUAACCGACGACCAAGACCUCCACCUAGACUCCCUCUCCUACAUGCCGUAUCUCAAAAAACAUCUCACCGACCAAGGAACGUCGUUCAAACGCCACUACUGUACCGUCGCGCUGUGUUGUCCGAGUCGGGUGAGUUUGUGGACGGGCAAGGCGGCGCAUAAUACUAAUGUUACGGACGUUAAUCCUCCUUAUGGUGGAUAUCCGAAGUUUUUAUCGCAAGGAUUGAAUGAGGCGUAUCUACCUGUGUGGCUGCAGGAGCUGGAUUACGAGACUUAUUAUGUUGGGAAGCUGUUCAACGCGCAGACAGUCGACAACUACAACGACCCCGAACCCGCCGCCGGCUGGACCGGCUCCGAAUUCCUCCUCGACCCCUACACCUACGAAUACCUCAACGCGUCCUUCACCCGCAACGCCGGCCCUCCCACCUCCUACCCAGGCCAAUACAGCACGGAUCUCAUCCGCUCCAAAUCCUUCGCCUUCCUCUCCUCCGCCCUCGCCAAUCCUUCCUCCCCCUUCUUCCUCACAAUAGCCCCCACAGCCCCUCACUCCAACGUGCACCAACUCCAAGGUCUCAUCCACGGGAACUUCACCGAGAAGUCGAAUAUUCAAUCUCCUCCCGUGCCUGCUGCUCGACACGCGCAUCUCUUUGCAAAUGUUACUGUGCCGCGGACUCCGCAUUUUAACCCGGACUCACCGCACGGUGUAAGCUGGAUCAGCCGACUACCCCAGCAAAAUCAGACGAAUAUUGACUUCAACGAUCAUUUUUACCGGUCCCGGUUACGAGCUCUGCAAUCCGUGGACGAAAUGGUCGAUGAGCUCUUUACUCGUCUUGAAGAAGCGGGUGUGCUGGACGAGACGUACAUUUUCUUCUCCACCGACAACGGGUAUCAUAUCGGCCAACACCGUUUACAACCGGGGAAACAAUGCGCGUUCGAAGAGGACAUCAAUAUCCCGCUUAUUGUUCGCGGGCCGGGGAUUCCCCGCGGCCAUGUCUCUGAGUUGGUAACGACGCAUACGGAUCUCGCGCCGACUUUUUUGUCCCUCGCUUCCUCCUCGUCCUCGUAUCUAGAGGAAAUGAGCGAGAAGUACGCUUUCGAUGGCCAGCCCAUCCCCCUGCACACUUUGCUGGAAGCGGAAAGUAUGGAGCAUAAAAUGGAACACGUCAACGUGGAGAUGUGGGGCAUCAUCAUGUCCGAAGGCAAGUACGGCAGCACGCUGUACCCCAAUCAUACGUAUAAAGCGUUGAGGGUGGUGGGCGAGGGGUAUAGUCUGUUGUAUACCGUCUGGUGUAGUGGAGAACGUGAGCUCUACGAUGUUUUGGUGAGUGGAUUCCGGCACGGGAAUGCAUACAUCCCCUUCCCACCAUCUCCACCGAACAACGUCUCCUCAACACAGACACCAAUUUCUCUAGCGCGACUAAUACCCCGUCUAAACACCCUGCUCAUGGUCCUCAAAACGUGCACUGGACGACAAUGUACGCAUCCUUGGGAGUCAAUACAUUCCGCUGGCGACGUGCAUUCCCUCAAGGAUGCGUUGAAUCCGGCAUUCGAUGCGUUCUAUGCCGGGCAGGAGGAGGUGGCGUUUGGAUGGUGUGAGAAGGGAUAUAUCCCGGCCGCAGAAGGCGCCGUCUGGAACGACGUUCAAGCUUAUUCUUUCGACCAAGGAGCGUAGCUUCACCAUAAUCAGCCAGCCUGGACGAUGGCUCAUUGAACGUCCACAUUUCCGCUUUUCAGCUUGCGCCUGGAAUCGUGGUCAAUAUCCUGGGGGAUCCAGAUUCGACCCUGUACUGUUUCGUCCUUCUUGGUCUCUGGAUUUCGAAGCUCAAGUCCCACCACCAGCCCUCCUCAACGCCUCAAUCUCCUCUUCAAAAGCCCGCAUAUCCGCCAACACGUCCCUCUCGUCAUUCCCCUUCCCGUUGCCCAGUGGCGUCGGAGUUGUCGCAUCCUCGAACCCUGUCCUGCGCUGUCCGCUUUCGAAGCUACUCCUCGCCACACUCCCACUCGCACUUCCCUGUCGCCUCACACCAUCGAGACUACUCCUCGCCGAACCCGAGUUGAUGCCUGUGGUUCCCAUAGCGCGGCGGGGAGGAGGUGGUGGUGGGGCCGCUGCGCCUGACGGUGGAGGUAUACUUGUGCGAAGAGAGUGGGCGGGAGAAGAGGUUCGGGAAGUUUGGGAGGUUUUGGAGGGGUGCCGGCGGGGUGGAGGUGGGGGGACGAGUUUUGGGGGCUGGGUGUUUUCUGUUGUUGGGAUGUGAAGUUGAGGAGGCUUCGAUUCUGUUGAGCUUGUUGGAUGAGGCUUCCGUGAUGGAGGUGGUGGAGGUAUCGUCGGAGCGGAGGAAUUCGAUGUGGAUAGUUCCGGUUUCGUCGGCCCGGUGAGUGGUGGAGAGGGCAGACCGGGGCUUACGGACUCGGAUGCGGGAGGUGUGAAGGUUGAGGAUGUUGUGGAGAGAUUGGAGAUGCUGCGAGGUCGGUCUGUGGGUGUACUGGAGGCUUGCUUUCUGCGGGAGACGGGUGGA